CUGAGCCAAAAAUGCUGUUUUGGACCCACGAACAUGUUCUAUGCUACACCAUAACCAAGAGGACAGAAGUUACCCCAACUAAUUGUUUCUGCCAAUGUGCAUUUGCAGUGCAUUGUGGGAUGGCGCUUGUCUCCACCCUGCUUUCUUCCCUCAUUCUGGGCAUUUUGGAAAGCCCACUGGUAUGUUGCCACUAUCCACGCUUCUCAUCCAACGACACUGUUUUCCAACACCUGGCUCUGCACCCUGAUCCUACCGUGGGCACGGUGUACAUUGGUGCACAGGAUCGCCUUUACCAGCUGUCUGGACUGGACCAUAUGCGUCUGGAAGUGGAAGAGAUGACAGGACCUGUAAAAGACAGUAAGGAUUGUCUUCCACCUGUAACCUCAGAGAACUGCCCACAUGCCCAGCUAGUAAAUAACCACAACAAGCUACUGCUAGUGGAGUCCUAUUCCCUCCAGCUUGUUACAUGUGGCAGUGUCCACCAGGGCACAUGCCAGAAGCGCAGCCUUGCUAAUGUCAGCCAAGUUUUGUUUUCUGCAGAAAGACCAAUGGACACUCAGUAUGUAGCUGCCAAUGACCCAACUGUCUCCACCAUUGGACUUGUGGCAAGUCCGAGCAAUGGGGCUCCACCCCUGCUUUAUGUGGGAAGGGGCUACGUCGGAAGGGGUAGCCUCCCACCAAUCUCCACCCGUCAGCUUUCUUCUGAGCCCAUCUUUUCCUAUGAGGAGACAGCUAAAUUGGGUGUAGCCAGCCGCCUAUCAGAGUACGACCACAAUUUUAUACUAACCUUUGCCCGACACAACCAUGUCUACUUCUUAUUCUUCAGACGUGACCUCAAAGCCACUUCUCGAGAAUACAGAACAUACAUUGCACGGAUGUGCCUGGAUGAUCAUGCAUACUAUUCCUACAUCGAAGUUCCACUAGCAUGCCACUCUCGCUCAACAAAGAAAAACUACAGCCUCCUCCAGGGAGCGCAGGUGGGUGGGGAGGUGGAUGAUGGGCAGGUUCUGAUGGCAGUAUUUUCCACAUCAUUGAAUGGGGCCAGCAAGCCAAGCGAGGACUCAGCACUUUGUGUUUAUAGUCUGGAUGCAAUUGACCACUGGAUUAAUGACACACGGGACCUGUGCUACACACAAGUUGGCCAGAGAGAGGGCAUCAGGGUGGCAUAUAUAGAGUAUGAGGUCAAAUCCAGCUGUGCCAACUUGCCCAAGGACACCAUCACUACCUAUCCUUGCGGCUCAGACCACACCCCGAGUCCAAUGGCCAGCCAGGAGCCAGUGGUAGCUGAAGCAGUUUUGGAGAGUCCUUCUGCUCGUCUCACUGCUGUGGCUGUCAGUGUGAAAGAGAGACACUCCAUAGCUUUUCUGGGAGAUUCCAAAGGAAAUUUACACAAGGUUUUCCUGGGGAGCUCCGGAGAAGUGAAGAACUACUCCAGUCUUCCCAUCCAGCCAGGUUCAGCUAUUAACAGAGACCUGCAACUUGAUUCUUCCCAAAGACACCUUUACAUUAUGACCAGCAAUAGUAUAGAGAAAAGGCCUGUGGCAGAGUGUGAGAAACACAUAAAUUGCCAGUCCUGUCUUGCAGCUCAAGAUCCUUAUUGUGGCUGGUGUGUCCUGGAGGGCAAGUGUGGCAUGCGUUCUGACUGUAGUCGUGGCUCGAGGGAAGGCCAUUGGCUUUGGAGUUUUGAUGUUAGGCAGAAGUGUUUGAAGGUGGAGUCAAUGACCCAUUCCAACAUCAGCCUUGGAGAACAGAAAAAUGUGGUACUUGAUAUACCAGGCUUGCCCAGUGUCUCUGAGGGCGAGUUAUACUCAUGUUUCUUUGAUGACAUACAAAGUGCUGUGAGUGUUCAGGAAACUACAGUCACUUGCUUCACUCCUCCAGCCCACAUGGUGCCUUCUGUACCUCAUGGACAGGAUUCAGUGUCAGUCACUCUGUCUCUGCGCUUCUUGAAUGUGACUGUGGCAGUUCAGGAGUUCAUAUUCUAUGACUGUUCUCUUGUGCAGCAGCUGUCAGCCACCAUGCCAUGUAUAGGGUGUGUGACUAGCCGCUGGGGAUGUAACUGGUGUGUUCACCAGCACAUUUGCUCUCACAAGGCCACGUGUGACCAAGGAGUGAUCAUAUAUAAUCAGUAUUUCAAACUACCAACCUCUGUUCCCUCAACAACAAAAGACUUUGAUAAAUUUACUCCAGAGUCAACCAAAGCAUCUGCUCCAACCAAAGUUCUAGCCAUGCAAUUGGUGAUACCUUCCACCAUUCCAGAGCCAACUGCAAUAACUAGAACAGCUGCGAAAACCCUCACCAACCUGCCAAGCAAUUUCCAGCCUACCAUGCCUUCUUCAACCCAACAGGCAAUAACUACCAUUGCAGAAGCCCAGGUUCUAGAUAAAGACAACAUAUUAGGUGGAGAGAAGGUAAAUGUGUCAGUACUGACUCCUGGUGGCAACGGUGAAGACACAGGUGAGCUGUCCCAUCAAGGAUCAGCUGCAGAUUUAGUCACAGUUCCCACCCUAAUGGUGAAUCCCACGGAUGCAGGACUGUCCAGUAAAGCAGUUCCUACCUCUCCUACUGCUGGGGUGAACCUUUGGUUUGGGGAGGCUGAUGAUGGAAAAGCAUCGCCUGAGAUUGGAUCAUCAGUGUCUUUGGCUUCUCCUCUAUCUGGGGAUGGAAAGACGGCACAUGUGUCACCCAGUUUUCUUUUCUCUUCAGAAGUGGACUAUCAGUCUGAUCCAGCUGACUUCCCCCCCCUGGAUAAUGAGGGCUCACUGGUAAGUGAAGCUUCCUAUUCCUGUCCAUGUGUGGAGAGGGUUCAAGGUUCUCCUCUCCUACCUGUAAACAUUGCGAGGCAGAUUACACUGAUAGGACGCAACCUGCACCUCUACCAGGAUGAGGAUCUCAGGAUGAAUUAUGAGUGUGUGUUAACCAUAGAGGACAGGUCUGUAAUAGUGGCUGCAUUUGUCGAAAGGGACAAAUCACAGCCCUUCCUGUUCUACAUCACGUGUCAGCUCAACCAGUACUCCUAUUCAGAUGCUGUGGAAGAAUAUAAUGCAGUGAUAACCGUGAGGAGACGAGGCUCUUUUCAGAUGGACAGUCCUCAGGGCUUGCAUGUGAGGCUGUAUAACUGCUCGGUGGGUCGUUCAGACUGCAGCCGCUGUCGCACGGCAGAGCCACGUUAUGGAUGCGUGUGGUGUGAAGGAACCCAAUCCAGCUGCGUCUUCCACAACUCCUGCAGAGAUCACAUCCAGCACACCUGCCCUGCACCCCAUAUACACUGGAUAGAGCCUCGGACUGGUCCAAUAGAGGGUGGUACUGUGAUCACUAUCUCGGGAUCAAACCUGGGCCAGAAAGCAGAGGACAUUCAGCACUCUGUUUAUGUAGCUGGAGUGCCCUGCGUUGUUAUUCCCACAAGAUAUGAGAUCUCCUCCAGCAUCGUGUGUAAGACCACAGCGAGUGGAAGUAAGAGAAAAGGACAUGUUUCUGUGGAGGUUAAAGGAGGGGGAAUUGGAAAAUCUAUCCAGGACUUCAAAUACCAGGACCCAGUGUUACUGGGAAUAUUCCCACUGAAAGGUCCAGUGUCAGGAGGCUCUUUAGUCACCAUUGUGGGGCGGGAUCUGCGAACAGCCCAGCCUAAUAAAAUCAGAAUCCUGAUUGGUGGAGUGCCCUGUACCUUAACAAGCUCUCCAGAACUGGAUGACGAGCAAAUUGCAUGUGUGACCAGUGGCAAUAACAGAACAGGAAAUCAUGCAGUGUCUGUGUGGUUUGGUAGAGCAGAGCGCCAUCUACAGGACAUUUUCUAUCACUAUACUCCAGACCCAAACAUCACCAGUGCUGCUCCCUCUAAAAGCUUCCUCAGUGGGGGUCGCGUGAUUCGAGUUUCUGGCCAAAACUUGGAUGUCGUCCAGCACCCUCGCAUCCGAGUGACCCUGAGCCCUCUGGGGCCACAAUUUCAGGGGAGGAAAAGGAGGAAGAGAAAGAGUGAGAGACACAUUGGGAGGGACGACAGGAUUUGGCCUCUCAAAAGGGAGCGGCGCAUAGUUCCAGAAUCACGCUGUCCUGAAGACAGCAUCUGUGAUGUGAUGCAGACAGAGAAGCACUGUGUGAUCAACAGCUCUACUCUGCUCCUGUGCCCCACACCUGCACUGGGUCCUGAGGCUCGCCAUGCCACCAUUAGUGUCCAUUUCUUGCUGGAUAACCUCCACUUCAAUUUUGAGGAGAUCACCGGCAGCCCCUUCACUUAUGAGCUAAACCCCAUCCUCCACCCACUCAACCAGAAAGACCACAGCAAACCCUACCGCCACAAACCUGGAAGCAUCAUCUCUGUUGAGGGAGAGAAUCUGGACUUGGCCAUUUUUAAGGAGGAGGUGGUGGCUCUGAUAGGAGAUGCAGUGUGUGCUGUAAAAACGCUCACCAGGAAUCACCUUUACUGUGAGCCACCUGCUCAACAGCCCUCGGUGGCUGCCACAAAGAAACGAGAGGCCAGAAAUCCUCUGCUGGAGUUCACAGUGCGGAUGGGGAAUCUGAACUUCUCCCUGGGAAGGGUGGAGUAUGAAUCCCUGGGCCAGGCCUUGUUUCCUCUGGAAGCUCAGGUGGGCGUUGGAGUCGGUGCCUCUAUCGUGGCUCUUAUUGUACUGGUCAUCGUGCUUAUAUACAGGAGGAAGAGUAAACAGGCUCUGAGGGAUUACAAGAAAGUUCAGAUUCAGCUAGAGAACCUAGAGACCAGUGUGAGAGAUCGCUGCAAAAAGGAGUUCACUGAUUUGAUGACAGAGAUGAUGGACAUGUCUAGUGAUUUGGUGGGCUCGGGGAUUCCCUUCCUGGAUUACCGCAACUACUCUGAGAGGAUAUUCUUCCCUGGUCACCAGGAGUCACCACUGAAACGAGAUCUGGAUGUGCCAGCUUGUCGCCGGAGUACAGUAGAGCAGGGCCUCAUCCAGCUCUCCAAUUUACUGAACAGCAAACUGUUCCUCAUCAAGUUCAUCCACACUUUAGAGAGCCAGAGGACAUUCUCUCCAAGGGACCGUGCGUAUGUGGCCUCCCUCCUUACAGUGGCAUUGCAUGAAAAGCUGGAGUAUUUUACUGACAUUUUGAAAACCUUGUUGAGUCACUUGGUGGAGCAGUACACCACCAGAAACCCCAAACUCAUGCUGCGCAGGACUGAGUCAGUGGUGGAGAAGCUGCUUACAAACUGGAUGUCAAUCUGCCUUUAUUCAUUCCUCAGGGAAUCCGCAGGUGAGUCUUUCUAUAUGUUAUUCCGAGCCAUAAAACACCAGGUGGAAAAGGGUCCUGUGGAUGCUGUAACUAGCAAAGCCAAAUAUACACUUAACGACAACCGGCUACUGCGUGACGAUGUGGAGUACCACACACUGACACUGAACGUCCUGGUGGCCAGUGGAGGCAUGAGUGAGUCUCAGAGCAUUCCUGUAAAAGUGCUGGACUGUGAUACCAUCACACAGGUGAAGGAGAAGAUCCUGGAACAUACACUGAAGGGCACAUCAUACUCUCAGAGACCCUCCACAGACUCCGUACACUUAGAAUGGAGGGCAGGGAUGGCGGGACACCUAAUCCUGUCCGAUGAAGACCUGACUUCAGUGGUUCAGGGCUCAUGGAAACGUCUAAACACUUUGCAACACUACAAGGUUCCCGAUGGUGCCACAGUAACACUGGUAUCACGGCAGUCCAAACAUAUCCACCAUGAUAGCCAUGACUACAUACCAGGAGAGAAGACUCCUAUGCUGGAGGAUGGGGAAGACGAAGGAAUGAGACUGUGGCAUCUGGAGAAAGCCAGUGAAGAGCCAGAGCUGUCCAAACACAGACGAGAGAGUCUGAGAGAAAGAGAGCGAGAGAGAGCCAAGGCCAUACCAGAGAUCUACCUCACACGCCUGCUGUCUAUGAAGGGCACAUUGCAAAAGUUUGUAGACGACUUGUUCACAGUGAUUCUUAGUACCAGUCAGCCAGUUCCUCUGGCUGUAAAAUAUUUCUUUGAUCUGUUGGAUGACCAGGCAGCACAACACAAUAUUACUGACCCUGAAACCAUCCACAUCUGGAAGACAAACAGUCUACCACUGAGGUUCUGGAUCAAUAUUCUGAAGAACCCGCAGUUUAUCUUUGAUGUUCCGACCUCAGACAACGUGGACGCAGUGCUGUCUGUUAUCGCUCAAACCUUCAUGGACUCCUGCACAAUCGCUGAGCACAAACUGGGCAGGGAUUCUCCUAUUAACAAACUGUUGUAUGCUCGAGAUAUCCCACGCUACAAACAGAUGGUGGAAAGGUAUUAUGCAGAUAUAAAGCACACCAUUUCUGCCAGUGAUCAAGAAAUGAACUCGGUUUUGGCAGAGCUGUCCAGGAAUUACUCAAGUGAAGUGAAUCAUCUAGUGGCCUUGAAUGAGUUAUACAAGUACAUCAACAAAUAUUAUGAUCAGAUAAUCGCAGCUCUAGAGGAAGACUCAACUGCUCAGAAGAUGCAGCUGGGCUAUAGGCUUCAACAGAUUGCAGCAGCUGUGGAGAACAAAGUGACUGACCUUUGACCUGCUAACUCAGGCUGAAAUUUAAGGAGAGUGAAGAAGAAACAAGAGCGAAGGACAGAGAUAAAACUCACGACGUCCAGAAGUAUUACUGCACAGACUGGGACUUCUGAUUUACUCAGAGGUGUGUUAAAGGGAGAAAUGAUGUGGACGAGUGCGUCCUCAGGGCAGCGUGGCUACAGUGAUAUUUCGGUGUUAAGAUUGUUAUAAUGAACAGUGGAUCACUGCAGCCAUCUGUCCAACAAAGUCUAGUCUGUAA